AUGAUUGUGCUAAGGGAUUAUUUUCCUCAAGAAAUAAAUUCAAUUAAACUGUAUUUAGGUCGACACACAAGUUUAGAUAGUACUGUAUUAACAUCAAGUGAUACUUUUGCUUUUGAUAAUUCUCUGUGUGGAACGAAUGAUGAUUUUCAACCAACAAUCAAUACUACACAAGAGUCAAAGCCACCACCUAUACCACCUCGAGCACCACGUACAUGA